AUGAAUCUAGCUUCCUCUAUAGAUGCAACGGUAGCGUUACAAAGACACCUAUAUCCCAUGACGCAACAUGUGGUGGAGCGUUAUUACCAACAACAAUCGGACUUGCAUCCCGAAGAAUCCAACAAGGCUGAUGAAUCCGAGUUGGAUUCAGCAUCAGAAUCCGAAGUCGAGGCGCUGAUAGUACAUAGAUCAGAUGAAGAAGAUACAGUGAUAAACGGUGAUUUCGACAAUGGAGAGGAGAACGAUCAACGAAAACUCUUGUUGGUGAAGACUAAUAGUAUACCUUUAAUGACCAGAUUUAAAACAAUAAUAUAUAAACUGUUUCAAGCUGAUUAUGAACGAUCGUUAUUGAUUGAAAAAGUAACCGCUAUGAAACAAAGAGCAGUUUCCUACGAUGAAUGGAAAGAUGCCUGCUUGAGAUUAGAUGAGUUAACUGAUAAGGUUAGUUGGAAACAAAAUCCUGAAUCCACUUUAUAUGACUAUAAAUUAAUUGAAAACGUUACCAAUGAAUUGAGAUUCAAUAGAUUAUCCAAGAAUUACUCCAAAUUAUUGUAUUUAAUAAGGACAAAUUGGGUGAGAAAUUUAGGGGAUAUAGGUAAUGUCAACUUGUACAGACAUUCCCACGUGGGUACUAAAUAUGCCAUUGAUGAUUAUAUGUUGGAAUCAAGAUUAUCUCUACAGACUCUGUUGGAAGAUGAAUCAGAUUUAGAUGAUAAUUAUCUACUGGGAAUAUUGCAACAGACGAGAAGAUCUAUUGGACGUACCGCGUUAGUCCUAUCAGGUGGUGGAUCAUUCGGACUUUUCCACGUUGGUGUAUUAACGACUCUUUUUGAACUGGAUCUAUUACCCCGUGUUAUUAGCGGUAGUAGUGCGGGAGCCAUUGUGGCAAGUAUUAUAACUACUCAUCACAAGGACGAAAUACCAUCAUUAUUGGAACAUGUAGUGGCACAGGAUUUCAAUAUAUUUAAAGAUGAUAAGAGGAAAAGUGAAAGUGAAAAUUUAUUAAUUAAAAUUUCAAGAUUUUUUAAGAAUGGUACGUGGUUCAAUAAUAAACAUUUAAUAAAUACGAUGAUUGGAUUUCUUGGUGACCUUACAUUUAGAGAAGCAUAUAAUAGAACAGGGAAAAUUUUAAAUAUUACAGUGUCGCCGGCCACAUUAUUUGAACAACCUCGUCUAUUAAAUAAUUUGACAGCACCAAACGUCUUAAUAUGGUCUGCCGUUUGUGCAUCGUGCUCAUUACCAGGAAUAUUUCCCUCAUCUCCAUUAUAUGAGAAGGAUCCCAAGACUGGUGAAAAGAAAGAAUGGUCUGGUUCAUCUUCAGUCAAAUUCGUCGAUGGAUCAGUAGAUAACGAUUUGCCCAUAUCGAGAUUAUCGGAAAUGUUUAAUGUAGAUCAUAUUAUUGCAUGUCAAGUUAAUGUUCAUGUGGUUCCAUUCUUGAAAUUAUCUGUUUCAUGUGUUGGUGGAGAACUUGAGGAUGAAUUCUCUGCAAGAUUUAGACAAAACUUGUCAAAAGUUUAUGAUUUCUUAUCUAAUGAAAUGGUUCAUUUAUUAGAAAUGGGGAGUGAAAUAGGCAUCGCAAAGAACACAUUGACCAAGUUCAGAUCUGUCUUAUCUCAACAAUAUUCGGGAGAUAUCACAAUAUUACCUGAUUUAAGUAUGUUGUUUAGAAUCAACGAACUAUUGGCAAAUCCAUCUAAGGAUUUUAUUCUAAGAGAAGUUACGAAUGGUGUCAAGGCAACUUGGCCUAAGAUAUCCAUUAUCGAGAACCAUUGUGGACAAGAAUUUGCCCUAGACAAAGCCAUCUCAUAUUUGAAAGGUAAGAUAAUUGUUUCAUCCUCCAUUCGAAAUCCAUUACAAUUCAGUAACAUGACCAUUGGAUUAAUAAAUCAUCAUAAUCAAAAGGAAAAACCUGAAACAGAGGAAGAAGAAGAGCAAAGGAAAGAGCAACAAAGAAAUACAAGUUAUUCCAAUGUAUUGGAUGAUAAUUUAAUAGAAUCGGAAUCCACUAACUCACUUCGUUUAUUACCAGAGAACGGAGUCACAGGUUUAGCAGAGGACAAGGCAAAUAUCCACAACUUACUAUACUCACCACAGGCUGCAAUUAGCCCAACAUCAAAUACGUUAAUUCAUCGGCCUAGAUAUAGUCAAGCAACUGAAAGGACAACCAAGUCGUUAUCCUUUUCAGAAUCUUCAUCAAACGUUAAAGCAACUAACGAUGCUAAUAUCAAUGAUCCACAUUCUCCUUUUCGUAAAGCGAGUACAGGAACCACCAUCUUUCAAAGGCCCAAAUAUUAUACAGAACCAAGAGCAAAUAUUAAUUCACCUUCUUAUUUUGGGUCCAUUGAUAAUAUGGAAGGUAGUAAUGAUGCUUAUCAAUUUCUUGAAUCCACCCCAGUGAUCCCAAAUAAUACAUUGGCUUACAUGCUAGAAAAUGCCAAGUUUAAAGACACGUUGAAUACAUCACCUACACUUCAUAGGAGAAGAUCUACAAGAGCACAUACCUAUAUUUCGCCAAGACAUAAUAAGAGUAAAAUUAAUCCUAGAACAGGCAAGUACAUGACAUAUAGUCAACAGAACCAACAAGCGCAGCGUCAUCAUCACCACCAUCGUUAUAAAGUAAGCAAUGUCGACUUAAUGGCAAACUCAAGACGAAAUAGUGCCGACGCAAGGUUGAAUUCAUCACCGGAUGAUGGAGCACCGGAUGCAAAGGAGAGAAGACUAAUUCUGAGGCGCAAUAAUAGUGAUUACCUCUUUAGAAAUGGAAGCUCUACUGAACAAAGUUCAAGUGUGUCUCCAGACCAAGAAUGA